AAAUGUUUGACAGUGACAGCUUGUUCAAUGGAUUAGUCUGGCGUGCAGUGCAUAUAUUUUGUUUGCCCGUAGUACAAUACUUGGUGCGUGACUAGGUGAUUCCUGCGUUGUGUUUUAUGUUGCGUCUUUGUGAUCAAACAUAUAUCCGAUUUUCGAUUGAAAUCACAGCACCUACAAUUGCUCGUGCUUCAAUGUAAAUCACACACUGAAGGGCGAUAGAAACUAUGGAAUUGCUGACCUACUGAUGGAUCCACACAACGGACACAUUGUCUUAAUUCCGAUAAGAUGAUCCCAGUUUGCUCUUCGUUUCUUAAAAUGGCCAUUGCACCAUUUUAUUUGCUCCUUUUGUGGUUCAAUAUCAGUUGUGGAUCUCAAGUUGAUGAUGUGUCGGUGGCCCAUGUCUACGCAGACAUUGGAUCUAAUGUGUCUUUACCCUGCCUACCACAGAGUCUCAGAUCAAACACAGAGGUUUACACCCCUGCUGUUGGCGAGAACUCUCUUUUGCUCUGGAUCAGAGAGGGCAAAACCCUUCAGCACAGUAGGGUUGAAGAAAACGGGAUCCUCACAUUGACCAAAAUCACCAGGGCAGACUCUGGUGUCUACACCUGUCAGGCAGAAGAGUCUUUCGGUUACUCUGAAAGGACUUUCACCAGAAAUGUGGCUCAAGUGGAGCUCCACGUCAAAACAACACCCCCACCUCCAGCUUAUUUGACAGUCUACCCAUCAUCAGUGUUAGCUCUAGUCACGUGGAAACUCAACAGCACUGGAGGUUACCCAAUUAAAUCUGUCUCUGUCAUUUACCAAGAAGUCACAGAUGAUGAUUGGAACAAUCCAGCUUGGCAUCGGACAUAUCCUGAAGAACUAAAGCCAUCAAUUACCCAAGUGGAGAUUUACAAGCUGCACCCAAAUACGACCUACAAAUUCAGAGUAUGGGCAAUCAAUAAACUAGGCCCAGGGGACUAUGCAGAAGUCAUGGCAACUACCAAAGACACCCUUGACAAUCAAGGUAUUAACCAGCUUUGCACACAUCUUUCUCGGCGACGAACAAGCCGCCCCAAAAUAAUACCCCCCCCCACGUUUGUUUGUUUCUCCAUUCAAGUUCAUGGGAGUUUGACAUCGACCUAUGGGCGUAUCCAGUCAACAAGCCCUUGGAUCCUCACCCUGUCAGUGUUGGUCGGUUCGGUCGGAUUCACCGUCCUCGUCUUGGCUUUCUUUAUGCUUCAAAAUCGGAGAAUUUGUUCGAGAAGAAGGACGUAUGAUUCAUCUGACGAUAUGGAACUAGUGACCAACAUCAUCGUGAACCCAAAUUACCAGGCGGAGAGUGACCGCACCCUUUUGACCAACGAACAAGGCCACAACGACCGUCAAGCUCUUUUGACAUGUAACUUCAUGGUCCCUCGUCGCCCGGCUGUUUGUUUGUGAAAUGAUCUAACUCCCCAAAAAACCCUUUUAUAAAUAGUACAGCUCUCUCUCUAUUUCCCGACACCACACCACAAUUUGUUUUUUUUUUUCCAUUUCGCAAUCCGUUGGCUUCCCCACCAUGUCGUUGUAUCCACUCGAAUGAAUUGACACACACACACACGCAUCGUCAGCCAUGUAGAAAAUCGCCAAAUUCACUCCGGCGUGUUUGAUUUAUCACCGUUCUCUCCACAUACUAACAAAAACUCGUUACAACUCCCAAACGUAUGGCUCUGUUAAUUAAAAUACUCUCAGCUAACUUUUAAAAUCGAUCCGAUCGCCUUUAUUUCGAUAAAAGAUUGUCGUCCCCGCACUCUCGCUUCAUUGAAGAUAUUUUGCACUUCUAGUCGACUCCCGUCUCGUCCUCUCUAUCUCUCCAAUUUUCACUUAUAUUAUUCUAAAAAAUAAAUCGCAAUUGUAUUUGAAAGAAAAUAACGGCCUUUGAUGUAUUGAACCGUGCAUCGUCCACCCCCGCGUAAAAAAAAAGAAAAAAACGUGACAGGAACAAAAAAAUUCGGGAAAAAAAAAUAAUACCGUUCGUGUAUAUUUUAGCUCCUUUUUGUUCUGUAGAUGGAAACACAUUUUCUCGUGCACUCUGCGCCGCAUUAUAUAUUUGACACGUUAUUCGUGGCCCUGACUGUAGAUUUUUUGUGCGGGAAUUUCAAAUAAUGAUAUCCGAAUAAAGUGAAGAAAUAAACGUGGAAUGUUGUCACUAA